AUGCAUAUUGUAAAGAGGCUGAAAACUGAAGACAAGAAAGAAGACAAUCAGGGCAGCAUUAAUGAGGCACUUGCAAGUAUUCCGGUAUUUGACGAGCUGUCGUCCAGCACAGAGGUGGUGGAGAUGGAAGAUGUGAUUUCCAACCGCUUCCGAGUGCAAAAGCACACGUGGGCUGGUCUGCAAAAAAUAAUUCAUGACACCCACAAGAAUAUAGGCUUCCUCAUCAACAACGAGCCACAUAACUUCCAGUUUGUCCAGGACAGCUCACGUUCCUAUCGGCUUUAUUACCUCGGUACGCGGCACAACAAUAGGGAAAACUCAUUAUUCUACUCAGAUAUUCCCAGCGAGGUAUGCAAAGAACCUCUCCUCAUUUUGUCUGGGAAGCAUCUACUGGAUCACUUUCAGGCCAGCCCCCAACACAAGAUUUUCUCCCUGGCGGAGGAGCUGCUGCGAGAGAGGAUGCGCUUAGAGGUGUCUGGCCUCACAUCCUAUCACUAUCACCAAACUGCAGGACUGUUUCUCUUCCAAGCCAACAACAGUCUACACUAUUGCUUUGACAGCUCAGAUAAUGAUUUCAAAGUGAUUAAGAUGACCCCGCAUGAGAUUAGGACCCAAUGUAAGGGUGCACGCAUGGAUGCCAAAAUCUGCCCCUCCGAUUCUAACUUGAUCACUUUUGUUCACAAAAAUGACAUUUGGCUGACCAACAUCAAGACAAAUGAAGAAAAGAGACUCACCUUCUGCCAUAAAGGCACUGACAAGCCAAAUGAGGAUUCCAAAACUGCUGGUGUAGCCUCUUUUGUCACGCAAGAAGAAUUCCAUCGUUUCACCGGAUACUGGUGGUGUCCAGCUGCAAAGGAAGAAUCAGAGGGUGGAAAAACACUGACGAUUUUGUUUGAGGAAGUGGAUGAGUCUGAAGUUGACAUCAUUCAUGUACCAUCUCCAACUAAGGAAGAAAGUUACACUGAUGUGUACCGUUACCCACGUGCUGGCAGCAAGAAUCCAGCUGUUACUCUAAAAUUAGCUGAAAUCAAGAUAAAUAGUCUUGGCAAUAUUGUCAGCACAGAGGAAAAAGAGUUAAUUUUGCCUUUCAAACACUUAUUCCCCACUGCUGAAUACAUCACCCAAGCUGGAUGGACUAAAGACGGUCGAUAUGUGUGGGCAGCCUUGAUAAACCGACAGCAGCAGCAUCUCCAAUUGGUCCUGUUGCCUUUGUCACUCUUCAUUCCCGUGGACCAGAACGUAACUUCCAGGCUGAAGAGUCUGCUGGCUGUUGAGAACACGGCUCAUCCACUCAUCAUUUACCAAGCCAUCAGCAACAUAUGGAUCAAUGUCCACAAUAUUUUCUACCCAUUUAGCCAAAGCAGUGACAAUGAGAUUACAUUUAUCACUGCAAAUGAGUCCAAAACGGGUUUUUGCCACCUGUACAAGAUCACAACAUUGUUGGAGCGUGACUGUUACAAUUGGGCCAGUGGGUACACACACUCUCAAGAUCAUUUCAAAUGUCCAAUCAAGGAAAAGGUGGCACUGACAAGUGGGGAAUGGGAGGUGUUGACCAAUCAUGGAGCAAGGCGGUUAUCCAGCCCUAAUAUUUGGAUUGAUGAGAAAGAAAAGUUGGUGUACUUCCACGGAACAAAAGACUCACCCUUGGAGCAUCACUUGUAUGUCGUGAGCUACGAGUCACCAGGAGAAAUCGUACGACUUACCAAGCCUGGUUUCUCUCACAACUGCUCCGUGAGCCCUACAUUUGACAUGUUUGUCAGCCACUACAGUAGCCUGACCACCGCACCUUGCAUGAGCGUCUACAAGCUGAUCAACUCAAAUGGCAACCCGCUGCGCAAAAAGCCGGAGUUCUGGGCAAGUCUGAUGAAGCCUACUGGCCAUUCACCCGAUGUCACCCAUCCUGAAAUUUUUAGCUUCAUGGGGAAGUCUGGCUUUCAGCUUUAUGGCCUCUUGUACAAACCACACAGUUUGGUUCCAGGAAGGAAACAUCCCACAGUUGUCUUUGCGAAUGGCGGUCCUAAGGUCCAGUUAGUGAAUAACUCUUAUCAAGGCAUAAAAUACAAGCUGCUGAGCAAGUUGGCGUCUCUUGGUUACGUUGUGCUCAUCGUUGACAGCCGAGGCUCCUGCCAUCGAGGACUCAAGUUUCAAGGAGCUGUGAAGGACAAAAUGGGUGAGGUGGAGGUUGAAGACCAGGUGAAAGGUUUGCACUAUGUAGCAGAAAAGUACAAGUUUGUGGACUUGAAUCGCGUUGCCAUCCAUGGUUGGUCCUACGGAGGCUUUGUUUCUCUCAUGGGUCUCAUUCAUAGACCUGAUAUUUUCAAGGUUGCCAUUGCAGGGGCACCAAUUACAUUGUGGAUGGCUUAUGACACUGGUUUCACAGAGCGGUACUUGGAUACCCCUGAAAACAACCAGAAGGCUUACGACGCUUGCUCAGUUGCGCUCAAUAUCAACAAGUUCCCUAAUGAACCAAACAGACUGCUGAUCCUGCAUGGAUUUCUUGAUGAGAAUGUACACUUUUUCCACACAAACUUUCUUGUAUCCCAACUCAUACGUGCGGGGAAACCAUACAACCUUCAGGUUUAUCCCAACGAACGGCACAACAUCAUGUGUUCAAAGACUGCAGAACAUUAUGCAAUCACACUGAUGCACUUCCUCCAGGAGAACCUCUGA